ACCGGUGUAAUAAGCAGCUACUGAGAAAAUGGUGGACUUCGCGACAGCAACGUGCUCAAAACUCCGUCCUAACUACCUUCUUAUAUCCCUAUCUUCUCAACCUGGCAUUAAAUAUAGGUUACCCGGGUACAAUCAAAGAUAAUAGUGAUUGAAAACGCGGAAGAGGGAGCCUUUUUUUGCAAGAUCCUACUCGUAUUAUACCAACAAAGUUGGUCUCGAGUUGGUAAAAGGCGCUGGUGUCGACUGCUAACUAGGAGGGAGGUUAGCUCACUUUAGCCUCUUGAUCAGUAUCUGGAUGUGCUUCUGUGAAAGACUUUGGGCUGUCUCUGACCAGAGACGACGGACACCUUCAACUUGUCUGCUGUGACAGCCGCUGUCCACCCCACGGACAUCCCGAGCUGACACCUUGAUCGAUAGCAGCUCGCUAGCCGCCUUUAGCUCUUGUUGACUGGUGCUUAGGCACUGGGAGCAGGAGAACAACAUGCCGCGGAGUAAGAAGGGGAAACGUGGCCCAGGCAAAAGUGGUUCUCUACGACAGGAGGUUCUCCAGCUGCAGCUCUCUGCUAAAGCUCCUCUGUCACUGUCGAAAGGUGGUAGAAAUGGGGUGAAGGGCGAGUCGGGGGCGAGCGAUGACGACCUGGCGUCGGAGGUGAUGAGUCACUACAGCAGCGCCAGUGAGAACGCGUCAGCCUUGGAGGACGCCACUGCCGCGGAGGUGGUGGACGAGCUGACUGCCCAGGAGGAGUCGGACGACAAGCUCAAACAGAGCAUAGAAGACCUCACUGACAAGAGUGCCAAGACGCGGCAGGCGGCGCUGGAGUCCCUGCGGCAGGCCUUCUCCUCCAGGGUGCUGUACGACUUCCUGACCGAGAGGCGCAUCACCGUCGCCGACUCUCUGGAGCGGUGCCUCAAGAAGGGCGGAGGGGAGGAGCAGGCCGCCGCCGCCACGCUCUUCGUCCUGCUCUGCGUCCAGCUGGGGGGUGGCGACGAGGCGGAGGAGUGCUUCAAGAUGCUCCGCCCCCUCUUCAGUGCCAUCCUGAUUGACCGCGGCGCCAGCGUGUCCGCACGCCAGAGCUGUGCCCGGGCCCUGGGGAUGUGCUGCUAUGUGUCUGCUGCUGAAGACGGAGAGGACCUGGUGCGCUCCAUGGGCCAGCUGGAGGCGGUCUUCAUGUCCUCCUACCCCAACAGAGAGGGGGUGCUGCCCGCCGCCAAGCCGGGCCACCCCGCGCUCUUUGGCGCCGCCCUGCAGGCCUGGGCCCUGCUGGUCACGCUGUGCCCCGUGUCCCGGCUGGCCGUGCUGCUGGACCUCCACCUGCCCAAGCUGCAGGCGUGUCUGGAGAGCAGCGACGUCAACUACAGGAUCGCUGUGGGAGAGACCAUCGCCCUGCUGGUGGAGCUGGGUCGAGACAUCGACGAGGACUUUGAGGUGGAGGACAGUGUGGGCCUGUGUGUGAGUCUGAAGGGCCUGGCGACGGACAGCAACAAACACCGCGCCAAGAACGACCGCAGGAAACAACGCUCCAUCUUCAGGGAGGUGCUACACUACAUCGAGAACGAGGACUUUCAGGAGGAGAAGAUCCGCUUUGGCGUGGAGGGGAUCUACAUCGACAGCUGGGUGCGGAGACGCAUGUACGACGCCUUCAAGGACCUGCUGGAGUCUGGGGUCCGCCACCACCUCCAGUUCAACUGUCUGCUGAGGGACAUCUUUGGCCUGGGCGCUCCCCUCAUCCUGGACGCUGCCGUCAAGGCCAACAAGAUCUCCCGCUUCGAGAAGCAUUUAUUUAAUUCUGCCGCCUUCAAGGCCCGGACUAAACUACGGAACAAGGUGAGGGACAAAAGGGCUGACGUCAUGUAGAGCGAAGGAAGACGAGGAGGAUGAGCAGACGGGACGGAGGAGCGGAGUGGGGGAGGGGAGCAGGAAGGAUCAACCGAACAACGGGCCCGGAGGUAAUCGAGCCAACGAAGCAAAGAAGAAAAAUAAAUAAAGGCCAGAGCUGCUUUGAGGGUCUGCCGAAAAAAACCUUCCACACUAGAACGCCUCAUGAAUGCAUUUUAAUGGUUUUGAAGUGUUUUAAACCCGACUAUUUGUAAAGUCUGCCUUUUGCGUGCGCUGUCCCAUCAGCUCUGUCCAGGCGAGGUCGGAGGAGACGUGUUUAUUCUUCUUGAUCCCUGUCUCAAUCGCAGGGAAGAGAACGGCCAUCUUGUGUUGCUCCUAAAGGAAAGGUUAGCAUUCGUCAUUUUGUCGGCACGCCCAUCGGGUCGGACGGCGGCGGACGCUCCGAGGUCCGGCGGUCCCGCUCGCGUGCCCUGGGACAUUUCUCCAAUAUUUGGAUCCAAUACUUGAAAACCGGAAUGCCAACAGUAAUAUGGUUCUUAAUAUUUCUGUGUUAGAUUGAAAAGCAUAUAUGACGUUCAACUAAAUCCUAUUCCUCAUGCAAACCUGUUCAUGCCGUGGUCUUACUAAUGGGUAUGGAGACUUAUGCAGUGUACGGGGAUUUUUAUUGUGCAAGUCGUAGAUUUUUAAGCGGUUCAGUAUCAGUGGACGCUUUUCGAUGCCUUACAUUAAGAUAUUCAUACCAAAAAAAAACAUGUGUAAGGAAACAAUGGUGCUUUCGUGUUUCUCCCCCCCCCCCAAAAGAAGACCCGUGUAUCAUGAGGCCGUAGCCUUGUCCAACCCGCCAUGGUGUGAACAUAGAAGCAGUCCUCCGCAACACACAACAGGUCCAACUUCUUCUCGUCCAAUCAGUGUAGAGAAGCCAGAGAGAAGUCAUCCAUUUCUGCUGACUCCCCCUAGCCCCCCCCUCCCCCAUCCACCUACUCCAACUCAAAUCAGCAACUCACUUCUUUUUAAUCAUUUUAAUGUGUGGGAAAAAAAUAUGAAAUUAUCCCUUUUUUUUUUUUUUAUCAUUUCUGAUGGUUCGCAUUUGACUUUGUAAUUUAUAAGAAGAAAAAGUGGAGAUGGGUUCUGUGUGAAUUUUAGGACCAUGAAAUCAUGGGAUAUUUUCGAUGUAGGUUUGUGGGACAAACAAUCGAUUAUAAAAAAAAUAUUUUACUUGAAUCACUAGGAAUUGAAAUUAAACUGUGUGGGUAAAUUUACUGGAGUCUGGACUCCACCAUCAUCACCGGAGAUCAUGUGGAGUGAAUAAAUAAAGAGCGGUUGCUAGCCAGCUUGCCAUCCUAUGCCAACUGUGGAAAGUAUAACUGGUAUAUCACCAGGGCAAUGGUAACCCUGGUCAAUUUAUGUGAUUUUAAAGAACUGGCUUUGUUUUAGGGGAGAUUACAUCUUCCCUUUUGGUUUAUACAUCUUCCAACGUUAUAUUUCUAGAUCUAUAUUUCAAGCUCCAUAUUUUAGAAUCUGAUGAAAUGAAGGUUAGAGAGGGCAUUUAAAACCAUGCAACCAUUUUCACCAAGCCUCAGGGACAUUAGAAAUAUCACGUGUUACAAAGGGACAUGGCCCGAAAAGAAUUCCUCUACAAACACUUUAGCGAAUAGCAAUGAUUCGUGUAACGGACAUAAAGUUAUUCUCUAUUUGCAAUUGACUCAAUCCUCCGACAUAGGUGUCGCAGUAUGUGUCCAAACCUCAUGUAAUCAUUGAUUACUAUCAUUGGUCUAAUUCCACAAUUCAUAUUCACAUUGGUGAAUUAACUACAGUGACGUGUCAAAUGUCUAGUUUAUGAAAUGAUUUAUUUUGUCUAAUCAAAGAGGGUUAUACAAAGGCUACUACGAAAUGUUGAUACUUGCAGAAUAUAUUUACUAUUACAUUUUCGGUUCACAGAUAGUUAGGAUUAUACAGUUGGGGAAAGAAUAAAACCUGACUUAUUGAAAGGUUUGUGUGGUUAGGUUAUUGUAAAAUGCAUCAAUGGUUUAUGGAUUUAUUUUACUUUGGUGAUACAAUUUUAAGAAACAAUGGAAGUUGCCGUUUUGAUUAUUUCAUUUUACAAUAACCAAUGUGUUCAAGUUUCAAAUUUGUUAACCAUACCAUUCUCAAACCCACAACAAAAGUGUGAAUAAAGUAAUAAGUAUU